AUGGAUAUAAUGAAGCUUCAAAUAUUGGCUCCGCCUGAGAAUCUUCCAAGGAUGAACACCAUGAGAAUUGGUGACAGACCUCUCUGGUUUAGACCCUUCACCAUAGUUAAAGUUGGGGAAAUAAACUUUGGCUCAGGCUUGGUUAAGGAUGACACACUUGCUGAGAAGAAAAGGGAGCUUUACCAGGCAGUGGAAGGAAUCAACAGGGGGAUUUUUGGACUCCCAUCUGCCAAGAAAUUUGAAAUUGAGAGUUUGGUGCAGCAGCUAAAAUCUCAGAAUCCAACUCCAGAGCCAACUCUAGAACUAGACAAGGUGGCUGGGUACUGGAGGCUUGUUUAUAGCACAAUCACAAUUCUGGGAUCAAAGAGAACCAAGAUAGGCCUCAGAGACUUUAUCUCAUUAGAUGAGUUUUUUUCAAUUGAUUCUAAAAUGGAGAGCAAAGCAGUUAACGUGGUCGAGUUCAGUGCAAAGGAGUUGAGUUUGUUGUCAGGACAGCUUAGUAUUGAAGCUUCUUUCAAGAUUGCUUCAGCAACAGUUAAAGCUCUACCUUCUUGUUUGAGGGUUGACAUUAACUUUGAAAGCUCCACCAUUACUCUUGAUCAGUUGAUGCAUGUAUUCCGGAAAAACUAUAAUCUUCUGUUGGGCAUCUUCAAUCCAGAGGGAUGGUUGGAAAUCACAUAUGUUGGUGACACCAUAAGGAUUGGAAGGGACAACAAGGGAUUAUAUCUUUGUGCUGGAAAAAAUUGA